GGCAGAAUGGGGACUGCAGAAGGCUCUCCUGCACCCAGUGUGUCUUGCUGUGUUUCAGGGCUGACUGCUGCAGGCUGAGGUCAUCAGAAGGAGACCAAAAGCAUAGAGAGAGGCAACCUGCAAAAGGUAGAGCUCUCCACUAUUGUAGAUGGGGCACUGGACAUGCUGCCUUUGCUCCAGAGUUGCAGAUUCAUUGAUGCUGAUCCUGGUUUUGGCUCUGAGCUGUAACCCUUCCACAGCAGCAACACCUUCUCCAUCUGCGCCCCACGUCAAAGCCAGCUACAGUUUUGGACGGACUUUCCUGGGACUCGAUAAAUGCAACGCCUGCAUUGGGACAUCCAUUUGCAAGAAAUUCUUUAAAGAAGAAAUAAGGUUUGACACCUGGCUUUCUUCUCAUUUAAAGCUGCCUCCCAGCUACCUGCUCAGCUACUCAGGCAACUACACCGAUGAUGCCAAGAGCUGGCGGCUGGUCGACAUCACCCGGCUGACCUCCAAGUACCAGCACGACCGGGCUGACAAGCACAUCUGCACCUCCCUGCUGAAGACAAAGACCUGCAGCCUGGAGCGUGCCCUGCGCCGCACACACCGCUUCCAGAAAUGGCUGCGGGCCAAGCGCCUCACUCCUGACCUGGUCCAGGGCCUGUCCAGUCCAAUGCUGCGCUGCCCAUCCCAGCGUCUCCUGGACAGGAUAGUGCGGCGCUAUGCCGAGGUGCCAGAUGCUGGCAGCAUCUACAUGGACCACCUCACUGACAGGGACAAACUGCGCCUGCUGUACACCUUGUCAGUGAAUUCACAUCCCAUCUUAUUACAGAUCUUCCCUGAUGUGGAGGGGUGGCCCUUCCCUCGGUACCUGGGCUCCUGCGGGCGGCUGCUGGUCAGCGCCAGCACCCGGCCCCUGCGUGACUUCUAUGAUGCGGCCCCUGAGGUGGCUGCCGACCUGGCCCUCCAGCUCCUCGCCGUCCUCCGCUCCAUGGGCACCAACGACCUCAACUAUUUCUUCUACUUCACCCACGUGGACGCUGGCACCUUCGGCGUGUUUAGCAACGGGCAUCUGUUCAUCCGAGAUGCCAGCACGCUGGGCAUCAUCGACAAGGAGGAAGGAAGCCAGCUGAGUGAUGACCCACGGGAGCAUAAAGAUGUAUUUAGCUGCCUGACCGUGGACUGCCAGUCUGCGUUCGUGUCCUGUAACUCCAUCAGAGAGAAGCAUAACCUCGUCAUGGUGUGUCAAGAGCUUUUGCCUAAGUUGUUGAAGGGGAAAUUCCAGCAAGCCGUGCAGGAGAAGAUAGACAGUUUCCUGCAGCACUGUGCUGACAGCCUCGAUGAUGACCAGGGUGUCAACGAGGUGGUUGCAAAGUUAGCAGAACUCCUGAAACCUCUGCGGUCCUGCGAUUCCCGUUUUGCCUACCGCUACCCUGACUGCAAGUACAGUGACAAAUACUGAUGGCUUUGGAGGAGGAGUCCUCUGGGAAGGACCGGGGCAGUGUCAGACCCUUCCACUGUGGGAAGCAAGAGGGAGCCAAUGUAGCUGGAAAAGACCUGCAACGAAUGUGGGGGGGUUUCCUCAUCAAGGCAGAGGAGGAAGGAGCAAAACACACAUGGGAUUUAUUGUUCACCUUCCAGAGCUGGAUUUGUUACAUGGGACGUUAAGUAUGACGUAAGGCUUAUGGAUUAUUAGCAUUAUUGUGAGUGACAGGGAAGAUUAAUAAAUCUCAUUCAUGUGUUUUGCCCUUGGAAGAGUUUUUGAUGCCAUUCAUUAAAAAAAGAAACCCUCUGAAGGCAGUAAGUUCACAAGGAGCUAGAGAAAGGAGCUUUAUUACCAAGAAAGUCUUUCUGAUAGAGAUUAUAUAUAUAUAUAUAUAUAUAUAUAUAUAUAUAUAAAAUGUGGGAUGGAUGGAAGCAUUUAAGACUUUCCUCUCCUCAUGGGGAUUUUUAAUGCACUAAAAUUCAUAGACAAACUGAACCACCAGAUCAGUUCUGUACCAUCACCCAUCACAGAUCACAUUUAUAAAAUAUUUAAAUUGUAUUACUUUUAUGUCUCUUGAGAAUGUCCAUAAUCCCAAAAUAUAAUUACUUUCAGUCUUUCCAAAGCUGAUGGACAGUAAUUGGAGAAUACUAAAUGUUGGGUUUUUUUAUGAUCAGAAUAAAACUCCCACAACUCUGGAA